AUGUUAACUCUCACUGAGGACAAAAUUCCUGUCCCCCUGAUUCCCGACACUGAGUUGUGUGAUGUUAGAAUCGGGGCGACCGAUCCGGCGCUCUUUUUUUGCAUUAACGUAGAGACUCCGUGUCAGGUGACGAUUGAGUUUCAGGAGUUUAACAGUGCCGCGCGUUGCGUGCUGUUACUCAGUCCGACCGAUCCCCGGCCGAACAACUACACUGCCGUCUGGAAGUGCCUCUCCCCUGAGCAAAGUAAGACAGUCACCAUAUUACCCGCGGAUCCCUCUUACCACGUGGGGGUGUUUUACCUUGCGAUACGUUAUGUAGAGAAAAGUGGAAAUAGUUUUAUUCGCCUCAAGUUAACGCUGCAGGAGCAGUAUGAGGGUGAGUGGUAUUCGAGUGCGAAUUCUGCUUUGUACUACGGGAUGUGGUCUGGUUUCUCGUACCACGGUCGUGGACGAUGCAUUUACGGUGUGUCCCCCGAACUGAUGGGGUUGGGGACAUUGAAGUGGAGUGGAAGGAGCCUGCGGCAGCAGAGUGACUCCUCCACCUGGCAGGUGGACGCCACGCCACUGCUGGAGGACGCCAAACUAGACAUUAGACGCAAGGAUGUGGGUUGGUCUAUUGUUCAGCUACCUGCCCCUACACUAGAGGUCUACGAAGGGGAUUGGGUUUAUGGGAAGAAGGAGGGUCUGGGGGUGUAUCAGUGGACUGACAGGGCCUAUUGGGGCAUGUGGAAGGGCGGUAAACGAGAAGGCGAGGGCGUGAUAUGCACACGCGAUGGAUAUCGCUACGAAGGCGGGUGGUUGAACGAUAAAAGGGACGGAGUUGGGAGUGCCCUUUACCCUGACGGAACACAGUACCACGGUGGGUGGAAGGAGGACAUGCGGUCUGGUGAGGGUGUAUUUACCUACACAAACGGAGUGGUACUUCUUGGCACUUGGAACGACGACACGCUAAGCUCAACUGUGACGGCACACUACCCCGAUGGGUCCUCUUACAUUGGUGCGUGGAGCCACGACUGUCGUCAUGGCAAGGGACGCUACAUCGAUGCGCCUGGAAACUCUUUUGAGGGGACCUGGGAGAUGGAUAAGCGUACCGGAAGUGGAGCGUUGACCUUUAUCAACGGUGUAGUGUGUGUCGCCGUCUGGGAGGACGAUGUACGCAGAGGUGGCACUUUUACCUUUCCCAAUGGGGAAGUGUAUGUCGGGGACUGGGACGAUAAAGCAUACCUCCGUGAGGGGCAAGGGCGAUGCACGUAUCCCAAUGACGAUGUCUACGAGGGGGGCUGGAAAAAUGAUAAAAGGCACGGCUUUGGUAGGUUGGUUCAAUUGCAUGGAAACCGGGUCUACGAAGGUGAAUGGAAGGAGGGUAAGAGACACGGCAUUGGUACCCAGGAGUCUGAUGAAGGCAUCUAUCAAGGGGAGUUUAAAAACGAUGUGCGUUGUGGACACGGGUUACACCUGGGUCGUAGAGGCUCUAUGUACCGAGGCACCUGGAAGGAUGACGCUCGCGUUGGCUCCGGUAUCAGCUUUGAUUCAAAGAAGGGAACCAUGUAUGAAGGCCUUUUCCUGCUUGGCAAGUUACAAAGCGUUGGCACGGCUCGAUCGGAGACGGAUAUCUACGAAGGGACAUGGUGCGAUGGUGAGCGGCAAGGUGUCGGCGUCUCCAUGCUUCCUAACGGCGACGUUGCGCGCCUGGUGUGGCACCACGGGGUUCCUCAAGACGGGCAGGUUCUCUACAAAUACCGCGACGGUGACACAUACGAAGGGGAAUGGGAAAAUGGGCGUCGUUGUGGGAAGGGCAAGCAGAACUACGCGGACGGGUCCGUUUACGUCGGCGACUGGCUUGAUGACAAGCCGCAUGGCCACGGGUCGUACACCGACGCCCGCGGUGAGGUCUUGGUGGGGGAGUGGGCCGAGGGGGAGCGCUUGGAUGUGCAGGGGAUGGUGUGCUUCGUAGAUGGCAGUGUGUACGAGGGCGACCUGCGUUCUGGCAAGCCGCACGGGAAAGGGCGUCUUAGUUACCCCGAUGGGACCAUCUUUGAGGGUCGCUUUCGUGACGGCGUCUAUCUGUUGUAA